CUCUUAUCAUUGCCCGGAUGCUGUGCUGAGCAUCUACGUCUCCCGGAUGUGCCUUCAUUUUAGCUGUGAAACAAAAAUGGGCAUGUUAUUGGUUAGCCUCUGGGAGCAAGAGAAAAAUACCAACUUUCUAAUGUUUUAAGCCUGUGGUUACCAAAUUCUUCAAACGUAUAAGUUCAAGCUUCAAUAUACUGGCAGUCUACAGAAGAUAAAUGAAAUCACAAGGAAAAACAGAGGUGAGUUCUGGUCAAGUGCUGGGAGAGUAGAGGUAACUUGAACCUCAGGUUGGACUUCACCUUCAAAUUGUUGACAGGGAUUUUGCCAUCCCCCCCUUCCCUGUCCACCACCUUUGGGCGCAGAGUGAUGACUUCACAUCAGAAUGACAAUUUCAGCCCUCCCUUGCUUGUACCACAGAACUCUUCCACCCAUCAAGGUAGGCCUCACACACAGCCCAACCAGCUGGACUCAUCCCACAACAGCAGCAGUGGUAGCGGCAGCAGUAGUAACAGCAGUGUAGCUGCAUCCACGGCACAUAGAGGAGCCAUGGGGGGUAUGUCUUCCUCACCUCUCACCCCAAGCACGGUGGCCCUGAACAGGGCCGCCUCAGCCUCCUGUAGCACCUCAGCUUCGUCGAGGAGACCCACGUCUGGACGUUACGAGCCCUGGCCAGAGGAGGCCGUGGACAAUGCCUACGGGCUGUACUCGCUGCAUCGCAUGUUUGACAUUGUCGGGGCGCAGCUCACAAACCGCGAUGUGCGCGUGCUGUCGUUCCUGUUUGUGGACGUCAUUGAUGAAUACGAGCGCGGUGGCAUUCGCAAUGGAAGGGACUUCCUGCUGGCACUGGAGAGGCAGGGCCGGUGUGACGAGACCAACUUCAGACAUGUGCUCCAGCUGCUCCGCAUCAUCACCCGACACGACCUGCUGCCCUACGUCACGCUCAGAAAGAGACAGACAGUGUGUCCAGACCCAGUGGAUAAGUACUUGGAGGAGACGUCAGUGCGUUAUGUAUCCCCCAGAGGCUCUGGGGAGAACAGAGAAGGCCCCUCGCACAGAAGGACAGGUCUGGGGCCCCAGCCUCUGAUAUGCUGCUCCCCCUCGGGUCCCCGCGUGUGCCCACCACGUGCCAAACCAGGGCCCUCGGCCCCCAGCCGCAAGAGGAAGAGGGCCCACUCCAGUGCAGACUGCAGGGAGAAGCAGACAUGUGACAUUCGUCUCCGCGUGCGUGCCGAAUACUGCCAGCACGAGUCGGCCCUGCAGGGCAACGUCUUCUCCAACAAGCAGGAGGCCCUGGAGCGGCAGUUUGAGCGCUUCAACCAGGCCAACACCAUUCUCAAGUCGCGCGACCUGGGCUCCAUCAUCUGCGACAUCAAGUUCUCCGAGCUGACCUACCUGGACGCCUUCUGGCGGGACUACAUCAACGGCUCCUUGCUAGAGGCGCUCAAGGGCGUCUUCAUCACGGACUCGCUCAAGCAGGCUGUGGGCCACGAGGCUAUCAAGCUCCUCGUCAACGUGGAUGAGGAGGACUAUCAGGCCGGACGCCGCAAGCUUUUGCGGAACCUCAUGGCCGGCGGCGGCAGUAGCGGGGCGGUGGCGGCAGCAGCCGGAUCCAGCGGGAGCAGAGAAACGACGUCGUAGUCACCGUGUUGCAAGAAUGUUUCUGUUGUGGUGGUAGGAACAAGAGCAGAGAUGGAAAGUGGGGGGAUUCGAGUGAAGGGCAGUGUGGAUGUUGGCUUCAUAGAAGAAGAAGAAGAAGAUGAAGUGGGAGGGUUUGAGAAUUUUUUCGCACACUGAGGGAAACGUAUAUGUGUGGUAUGAAGCGCAGUGCAACCAAUGACUGAAGUAUUUUGGGAGGCGUCGUACAAAGUUGAGUGCCAGGUGCCACUAAGCUAUGAGCCUUUUAAAGACCCAUGGAAGAAGUUAUUUUGAGGGAUAGUGAAGGGCAAUGGAGACAUUUGAAGCAUGGAGACAUUUAGUUUUGGGCUUUCUUUAUCUAGUUCAGCGGGAUUUUCUUUCGUAACCUAAAUCAUGAAACAUACUUAUUACACAUUUUCAUUGUGUACUGCCCAGUCGUCUGCUUUUACAACUGUUCCCGAAGUGAUUUUGUUGGAGGUGGAGAUGUUCCUGUUUAACUGUUAGAUCCAGAGGGGAGCUUGCCACAGUAUUUUGGAUUUUGUAUACGGAAAUAAGUUUUUACCAUCUUCAAAUGGGUUUAUAUCUAAAGUUUAUAUUCUCAUAAGUAAUUACUUGUAUAAACUCCAGUUAAUACCCAGAACAAGUUAUAAUUUCAAGCAGUCAUAGUUUUUGUUUAAGGAAAAUAUGGAAAGACAUGUUCUUUCGAGGGUAUGUUGGAAGGUUCAAGGUUCAGAGCAGUGUGUUUCUAAGUUGAAUAACUAAUGCCUUCACAUGAGCCAGAGGCUAUUAUUCCCUGUUCAGUUUAGUAGUUAACCAGUUAAGUGCACUGAAUGAUCAUUAUUUGAUUUUAAGUUUGGGAGUAGUGUAUGUGUACUUAAGUUAAUAGCAGAAAGAAUUGACUUGUCAUGGAACAUAUUGUAAAAUAAAGCCUUCCAGUUGCCCAAAGGCCAUUUUGAACAAUCACUCUCAGCAAGCAGAUUAUGUUAGCUAUAUAAUGAAUGAAAAGGCAAAUGGCACCAAUUCCAUAUUAUUUAAACAAUCAAUUUAUAGUGUAGGGAAUGAAAUUGAAGGUCAAUUUUAAAGGACAGUUGUUAUUUGGACCAAAUCCAACCUCGUUGUAAAUCUUUUAUUUUCUGUCUCCUUUUUUAAUGGACAGUAACAUCUUCGAGUCAUGUCCAGUUUAUUUUCACUAGAAGAAAUUUCUUUGUCAAUCUCACUAAACCACAUUUUCCUAAACAGUCAUAGUUAUACACAAACAAAAGAUGAAUUCAUUUAAAAAGGACUAUUUGUUAAAUAAAUAGUUUUUAUGGUUUAUUCACAUCUCAACAUGUAAAUCAGGAUAUGGCUUAAACAGAACCAUUGUCUAUUGAUGCGUUGUCAUUUGGCCAUUUAAACCUCUCGUCGUUUCGAUCAAACAGCACCACAACUGGCCAUCAGAGAUUCUGCAUAAUACUACAAUAGUGUAAAUGUUAUGGUUGUCAUGACUUUAGCCGUUUGUCAAUGGCAGGACUUUAGACUGCCCUGGGGUGCUACUUGGGCAGCUGUCUUGAAUGGGCCCGUAUGUAAUGGAGAGCAUUUGGUUUUAGUGGUUGGAUUAGCGUGCUUUAGGACGUUGCCCUGGUUUUUAUUUGUACUUCUCACCACCCACAUACUCGCAUACCUACUUAAAUGUGUGUUACACCUCUUCUGACACACUUGGUUCUGAUGUGUGCACCUGAAAAGGUUGUUUUUUGGGA